AUGGCGAGGAAAUUCCCGAAACCUUUUCGCAGCCUGGAACCAACAUGUGUCGCCUCCUGCUGUAUUUCUCUUGUUGUUAUUGCCAUUGUUGUUGGCUCCAUUCUGGCAUCGCCGUCUCAGCACACUCUGCUCCUCACCUCACUUGGGCACUGUUGCACAUAUAUUUUUGGUUUACUCGUAUUGUUUUUUUGUUGUCUUUUUAUUCCGGAGCACGACAUGUACGGAUUCUUGAAUCUGGGGGCUUUGUUCCUUAUUUCGGAAGCGAAAAGGGGGAGCUCUGCAAUGGCGUGCGGUGUGAUGAUUGACGUGAGUGGGUUGACAGCACCUGUUGGGUCCGUUGAGAGCGGCUGA